CAGGUCCCCCCUCUGAUGCCAGGGCAAGAAUGUGAUCUGGUGAUUCCACUCAUGUCGCCGUCUGAGCCUGGUUCGUUUGCCGCCGCCUAUCGUCUAUGUAGUAGAGAAGAUUUGGACAUCUUCUUCGGAGAACCAAUGUGGUGUGUGGUCAAUGUGCUGCAGGAGGGCGCCGUGGUGGACGAGGUGGAGCGCGUGCGACUGCAGCUGGAACAGCAACACCAAAUCGACACUCUCAUGCAAUCCUUCACGAACAUGACACAAUGAAUCGAUACAUUGGUCAUUGUACUGUAAGACGUACUCUGUGUAGGGUAGUAGAUGUGCGGGUGCGGCUGGAGUUCCGGCAAGGGUUUUUUUCCCGCCAGCUUAGUAUAGCCUACCAGGGUACGAGGUGAUGACGAGGCAAUGAGCGGACGUACCAUUAAUUGUAUAUAGUACACUCGAUCACCCACCCACACUCCGACACGCGCACCUCGUAUGCUACGUAUAUACCCUCUCUCCACAUGACACGCACGCGCACACACCUCGCGUGAUACACCCAAAUAUACACACAAACACAUGGCGCACAACUUCAAGUAAGGGCUGCAGAACGGAUAUGUGCUCGAUUUUUGUAUUGCAGUGUCCACGUACGGUCCAAAUAUUGGCUCGGCCGAGAAUGUACAGUUCACUCUAUAAGCUCACCUCCACGUGAAGGUGUCUAGUGAUGAUUGUCUGCCCUCCUCUGUACAGGCAUAUCGGCAGAUGUAAAAAGUUGAUGGUUUUGGGUAUUCACAGGCUAUAGUUAAAUAUUCUACCAGGUGUUGUCUGGAGCGCAUCAUCGGUGUCUACGUGUACAAACUGGCAACUGGCACUUCAAGCUAUGUUCAUGCAGAUACCUGCUUACCUAAAUUUCUUCGAAGGGUAUGGACAUGCCCCUCAUAUACAGUUAUAAGGUUAUUUAUUUUCAGGAAUGGCACCAGAUGGACGUCUUAUGUUCCCAUAUCUGGGGUACAUGGUCAGCGAAACGAGAGCAAUCCCAGCUACAGCAAUGCUAACGGUGUUUUGCGCGUAUUGCAUAUUUUGUAUCAAUCGCAAUGCUCAUGCGAGAGCAGCCACACGGAAGCCGCAUAGGCCUGGCGAGCCAAUGCACUACUAUCUAAUUCAGUAGGCAAAUGGCAACACCAGAGCAAUAGGCUGACAAGCAGCUGACUAUUUAAUAAAGGCACGCUCAGAUCGCCGACCCAAGCUGCAUUGUUGAUACUAGUGUUUAUAAUCGUCAAAUGGGCGGGCCCUUUUCUUAU